AAGGCAAGUGGAUACAUAUUGCAGAAGUUACUUUGUUGCGCACAUUUGAAAAACAACACACUUAUUUACAUAUAGUGUUUUGCUAUUCAUGCGCAGACAUAUGGAUCAUAACUGCCCAGACUGCCGUGCAACAAAGGCCAAAAUGUAUUCAAACGUUGAAGAGCCACCUGUCGAUUCUGACAGAAAGCAGUCGGAUAAGAGGCGAUCCUUUUUACAGCAGCCAAAGACUUAUGUUUCGAAACUACCAGCGCCUCCCACUGCUCCCACACCUGCACGGACGCUUGACCGUCCUAGCUCCAAGCCCAUAGAGGCCCACACUCCCCGCACACUGCCCAUACCUAUUCCACAGAGCUGUCCAGUAGGUCAGAAUAGCUUAACUGCCAAUGCAACUUCCGAGCCCCAGGAAUUCUUCAUUGGAGACAGAGUAACCAUCGGAGGGAUUAAAACUGGAACUCUUCUAUAUUUCGGACCGACCCAUAUCGCUGAUGGCCUCUGGUGCGGGAUUUCUUUGGAUACCCAGGAAGGUAAUCAUGAUGGCUUGGUGAAUGAUGUGAGAUACUUUACCUGCCGUAAAGGACAUGGAAUAUUUGCACCAGUUGAGAGGGUUUCUCAUCUAGACAGCAAUGCUGUUUUGCAAGUUAUUAAAUCGCCACCAAGAGUGUCACAGAUACCUGCUAAGCCAAAAGUGUGCUAUACAAGUCCACUUUUAAGAGACGAAAUUGGUUAUCAGGACAGAUCGGCUGAGCUGUUAGAUGACAUUGAACUGCCAGAUAUAGAAGGUGACCUACUAGAUCUUGAUGAUGAUGGCAUUCUACAUGAUGACACUGUAGUAAAAGCAAAUAAAAAAGCAAAAAAAACUAAAAGAAAGCUGCCACAUUUACCAGGCCCGUCAUCCGGAAUUGCCAAGUUAAGUUAUACAAAGGAUAUGAGUCACAAAGCUGCAUUUGAUAGUGCUGAGGAAACUGAAGAAAAAUUUGAUGAGCUGGACAGUGACAGCGAUGAUCUUGAAGAGCUAGAAAGUAACCGUGCUUUCAGCAUGGAUGAGAAGGAAUGUGAAGUGGGUGAGAUGCCCCAUUCUGCAGAGGGGAGCUCUGGAGGGGAGGACUCAUGGAGUCUCAACAAAGACUAUCUGGCCAUGUGUGAUGGCAAGGCGAAGUACCUGAAUAUAACGUUUGACGGGGAAUCGGAGAGUAAAACUUCAACACAAGAGCCAUCAGAGGAAUCCCCUUCCCCUGAGUUCAUUUUCGACCAAGAGAUGAUUGAAGAUGGCGAGUUUGCUUCCCAGCCUAUGGAGAUGAGUAGGGACUCCAGUCUGGGAAUUUUGUCCAGUUUCACUCUGGAGAAGAACGAGUUACUGUCUGAACUGUUUGGGGAUGAAGAAGAUGACGAUCUGGUGACUUCACAAGACACUUUGGAGCCAGUGUCAGAAGAGAAGGACAGUUCACCAGAGAAAACACCCGAACGUCAGACAGACUUUAAUUCCGAUAUGGAUUUUGCUUGUAAAGAAGUGGCAACAUCUACUCCCUUUACAGCAGCUAGUGCUAAACAAAUGUUAAGAAAGAAUCUUAAUGAAACGUAUGACAAAGAUUUUGAUGAAGAAUAUCCUGUGCAAAUUGGAGAACCAGGUAAAGAGUGUUUAAACUCCACAUUUACCCAAGAGAGUGCUGCAAACUCAACAUUUACCUUAGAAAGUGCUAAAACCAAUGCUGAAACAACUUUCACAGUGGAAGAUGAUGGUCAUGAAAACGAUGAAAAUUCUAAUUCCAACAAUGUGAUGAAAGACAGUGGUUCAAGUAAAGGUCCCAUGAUAGAUUCUGGAAUAUCUAUGCGAGGAUCAAUGUCUGAAUCUUCUAACUUCAUGAAGGGAUCUGUAAUGGAAACAUCUAAGUACACCAUGUUAGAACCCGGUGUGCGGCGCAGUAUGUUGGAUUCAGGAAUAUCCAUGCAAUACGCUUUUGUUGAAUCAAGCAAUGGUGGUAUGGUUGACAGCACAAAUAAGGUAUCGGUUGGUGAAAAGACAAGAGAUUCUUGGAACGGAAACAAAGUAUGCUUUGUAGAGGAUGUUAUAAAUAAGAAUAAUGAAGAGGGGCUUGGGAAGAAACCUGGUACAGGAGCAGUGAUGUGGCGAGGGGUGGACGAUGCCAGACUCAUGCAGGACCUGACAGACGGACAUGAAAAGAAGGAAAGACCCAUCUCUUUUCUCUCAACUACAAGCGCAGACACAGGCUAUGUUCCGGACACCGACUCAGAGCUUGGCACAUUGACCUUGAACUCUCCACAGGAGUGGCAGGAGUGUCACCUGCCAGGGCAGAUAGGCGUACGUAACCAGGGGUCUACACAUACUCAGGGUGUUGGAGGCAAAAACCUGUUCACUGCCCCAGUAGAGUCCGACACAGACCAGGGUCACAUCACCGCAGAUACGGAUGGUGAAUAUGAGGUUGGUAGGUCGGAGGUCAUAACUACGGACAAUGACUUUGGUGGAAGUUCAAAGGUCAUGGUCACGACAGAUGUUGAAGAGGAAUCUGGAGAUGAAGUCACUCAGAUUGAAGAUGCUAAGGGCUUCAAUACUACUGUUACUCUGGAAAGCACAUCCGACAAUGAAACAUUUACUGCUGACACUGCUGAACCACUUUCGGAAAUAGAUGCAGACGACAAUAAGUCCAGUGGACGUAACAGCAAUCUUGAUGGUACUUUUACCUUUAAUGAAGAAAACAUAAAGCCAAGUGUCGGCCCUGGAGGUGACACCAGUAACAGUCUGGAUAUCGUGACAAUUGUUAUACAAGACAAGGACACUUCCAAUAAAGUUGAAAAUACUGAGAACUCUUCAGAAACUAAGCCUAACAAGCAGAAAACGCCAAAGAAGAAAAGGUUUAAUGUUGUUAAAGACUUUAAGAAACCCAACACCACAAAUGUUGUCUCUGCGCUGGCUGAGUAUUUAAAGACACCAUUGCCUGUGAAAAUAAAGGAGGAUAAGAACAACACAGAGGAAAUGAAAAAUAAGAAGAAUACAUUAAAGACCAAGAUUGACUUAUCUAAAGUCACUAGUAAAUAUGCUGUUAAAAGCAAUGUGGAUGAAAAGAAGAGUGAGGUUGAAAAGAAGGAAUCACCAGAGGCUGUUGAAAAGGAAGUGAAGAAGUUGAUCAAGCGCACACCUCCAAAAAGUAAAUGGGAUGCUAUUAUGAAUAAAAUUGAAAACCAAAAAGAAACGGACGAGAAGAAACCUAAGGCAGAAGUUAAAAGUAAACUGAAAGCUCUGCUUGAAGUGCCUCCACCUCCCCCACCGCAAAAGAAGGAGGAAGUCCCAAAACCAAAACUAAGGAUUUCAUCAAUGAUUCCUGAUUAUAGCAAGGUCCAGAGCAAAUUAAAGUACACAGCUCCACCUCCUGUGCCCAAAGCCAGGAAAGAUGAAUCCCCUAACAGAACCAAUAACAAAAAGUCGGAGUCCCCUCGCAGCUCCAAGAAUCAAUCUCCCAGUGGAUUAGUUCCGGACUCGCCGAAACGUAAACCACUGCUUGCAAAGACUGAUUCAUUGACUAAUAAACCAGGCAGUGAGUCUACAAGCAACAAAGAAGAAUUUAAGAAGCCACUGUCCAAGGAAGAAGGUGACAUCACACGUAAGGAGCGCCGGCUGAGCAAGCGUUUGUCACUCCAAAAUGAGCGUGUCCGUAACUUGUCAGGUGACUCUGUCAAAAGGCCAGAUGUGAAGGACAAGGCCGCCCAUAUUGACCUUGCAGACUCCCUUGAUGGGCGGGGAAGUAGUAGAGCGGGCAGUCGUGCGGUUACACCGCAGUCCAUGUUGAGUUCACGUCAGGGCAGCUGCACUGACAUGAGCACCACAGAAGAUGAGGCGUUCACUGCAGCCACUGUGAAACAGUUGCCUGGAAUCCAGAGAGCUCAGUCCUUACAGGACCGACGUGACAGUUCUAGCGCAGUCAGUGACAUCUCUGAGGGGGGCAGUCACGUGACAUCCCAGGAACUUGAGUGUCGGCUACAGAAAGCUGGUGCCAAUCAACAACAGCGUAAAAGUGCACUUCUGCCGCCCACAAAUUCUUCAGAAGCCAAGUCCAGCAUUCGCGGACGUGGUCGCAACCAGAACCGCAACAAGACAAGCAAAUCCAAGAAGGAAGUGAAGGUGGUGGAGACAGUCUCAGCUGAGAUUCACGCACAGGAGGUUCAGCGUCUGGAGGCCCUCUGUGAGACGCGCACCAAGCAACUGAACAUGGUCCGGCUCCAGCUGCAGACCAGCAACCUCGGCUUCGAAGGCAUGGCCACCACCGUCAACUACUUGGCACAUGAGCUGAAAGCCUUCUCAUGUCCGAGACUGGAGCGGGAGAUUGCAUCCCUGCAGAAGGCUGCGGCGGGGGACCGGGCCAGCAUUGAGAGCCUUCAGACGACCAAGAGCAACCUGGAGGGCAUAGUGACCCAGAUGAAGGAGAGACACAAGGAGUACAUACAGAGCCUUGAGGUCGAGAUGGAGCGAUCCCUGCAGUACCAGCGUGAGACCCUGACUGCUCAGCAUGAGGGCGAGAUCAGUGCAUUGAAGGCUCAGAAGGCCCAUGAGAUAUCGGAGCUGCGCAGGUCCCAUGAGCAGUACAUAGGCCAGCUGGAGGACAAGCACGCGGUAGCCAUGGCGACCCUGUCUGGUCAGCAUGUGGACACCAUACGACAGCUGCAGACCAAGCAGGAGAACCAGAUGGAAGAGCUCCACAAGCAGCACCAGGACAAGCUGGAGGAUAUCACGGGCCGGUUUGAUGGCAUCAAGAUGACCCUCUCGGAGAAGGUGGAGACCUUGCGCAGCGAGUGUGACCGCCUGCGUGAUCGCGCCAAACACUGCGAAGAGGCCCUCCAGAGGGACUCUGACUUCAAAGUACAGUGCGCACUGGCCCCCUACCGCAGUCUGCCGCAGGAGAUAGAGAGUCUAAAGACUGUCCUGGAAAUGAAGAACGAGGAAAUCAACAAGCUACGAACCCACAAUAUUGAGCUGCAGAAGAAACUUGAGGAGCUGCCCGUUGCUAGGGAACAGAUCAUCAGUCUGCAGCAGAAGAAGGAGAACUUGGAGGCCAUUAUCAGCAUGAAGACAGACCAUGAGAAAGUCCUUCAUGAGCGAUGCCAGAGUUUGAUGAGAAAGUACGACAAGGAAUCCCGAGCAAACAAACGCCUGUCCAUGGAUUACGAAGAGCUGAUGUGGAAACUGUCCGAGUCAUUCACCGACCCUGACCUGGGAACCCUGGAGUUGUACCAGAAAAUGGGAAUGUCCCCCACAGGUGACCUGACUUCACCUGGCCUUGGCAGAAAGUUGAGAACGCCGUCUAGUUCGGAAAGCAGUCCCUCCAAAAGUCCUGCCACCAGAAGGACUUUGUCCUCAAGUGCGGAUGAUCGGGAAGAGAAAAAAAUGAAAAGACGUUCUGGAAAUUAUUUAAUAGAUGAAAUGAAGCACAGGGCCACUAGUCCUCUUGCAAAGCAAAGUGCGCAAAACCCACUCACGAAGUCGUGGUCACCAGGUAGUGGUUCUCUGUCUAGUUCGCCGACACGCUCGAAUGGUCGUCAUGGCACCGCCAUGUCCCAGUCCUGGUGUGUUGAAAUGGAAAAGGAUGAGAACCAAUCCCAAGCAGCCGUCAGCAAGAUUCCUCGGAGCAAAUCCAACACAGAUAAACAGUCUCAUGGGAAGUCAGUUUCUCCAGAAGUAAGUGAUAGAUUGAGAACUGAACAAGUUUCUGUUUCGAAAAUGGAAACGGAUAAUUCCAAUUCCAACAGUGUCAACGGCGAUGUGCAGACGUCAGUUGAGUCUGAACUCGUCACGUGCAAGAGUGGAGAAUCACCACAAAAAUCAGAGCCAAAGGCUGUCCCAGAAAUGGGGCCAUUGUCGGAAAGUGACCAUGUGUUCAACGAAAAUUUCUGUGUGAUGAAUAAUAAACAUGCCAAUGCUGAUUCUGAUACAAAUUACUCUACCUCUUCCAUUACUUCUGUCGACACACUUCGAUCUGAAACUCUUUCCUGCCCACCUUCAAAACUGCCAGUAAACAUUGAAGAAGAAAAUGACACAGGAUCAGCAAGAUGUAGAGGUCACACAGAAACCACUGUAUGAUCUUUUUUGUGUUGAACAAACUUUUUGUUUAAGUAGUUACAGUGUUUGUGUUGAAAAGCAAUUACUGCAAAACCAUUUUUAUUUGUAAGCAUAAAAUGUUGCGGGGGAUUUUCCCCCAGACUCUACAAUUUCGUUGACAUGUGAAUUCUAAGAUAUCUGAUUAAAAAAACAACCACUUUGGAAUGUUUGUCAGUCAGUCAUGUGUACAAGUGUAUGUAAUGCAUGUCUAAGAUCAUUGGUAGGGGGGGGGGGGGGGGGGGGGGGGGGGGGGCGGUCACUUUGUUUCAUGCAGGUGUUAAUCACACAUUGUCAUCUUACAAUUGCAUAUUUGUCUCCUACCGGUGAAACCAGAGGGGACUUAUGGUUUGCGCUCUGACAGUCAGUCUGUCUGUCUGUCAGUCCGACACACUUUUCUGGAUCCUGCGAUAACUUUAAAAGUUCUUCUUAUUUUUUUUAUGAAACUUGAAACAUGGAUAGAUGGCAAUAUAGAGAUUAUGCAUGUCAUUUCAUUUUGUUCCUACGUCAAGAAUUCUGGUUGUUAUGGCAACAAAUAUAUAUGAUAAAAAAAAAGUUUGUUUUUUUUACUGACAAUGGUGGAGUUUCACCGGUAGGGGACAAUAUUGCUUGUCAAUCUCUUGUUGGUAUUUGUUUCACUGUGAUUAUAUUACAUUAGGAAGUUGAGCCUCCACAUUUUUAGUUCGGCUGUUUUCAGAGAAAACCCGAGGUAUUGUCUAAGCCAGCUCGGCGUCCGACGUCGGCGUCGUGCUUAAACUAAACAUUUUGUUUAGGUUUUGUACAUUGGCUCUCAAAUCAAAGUGCUUCAACCUACAACUUUGAAACUUUAUAUGUAGCUGCACCUUGCUUAGUUCUACAUGCCACACCCAUUUUUGGGUCACUAGGUCAAAGGUCAAGGUCACUGUGACCUCUAAAUAAAAAAAAAAUUCUGACAAGCUUUCAUUUAUUCAAAACUGAACCUGCAGCCGAGUGUGGCACCCGUUAUGCGGUGCUCUUGUUUUAUUUGGCUUCAUAACUUAUUAUUGAUUGUCAGCAUAACUACUGACCAGACUGCAGGAGUGUGCAGGCAUCAUCACAGGAUACCGCUCAUAUAACCUUUGAUUACUUGUCAAACUUGGAUGGUCAUGAUGAUUGGUGAUUUUUUUCUAUUUUUCCCUAUAUGCACAAACAAUUACUUUAAUAUUUAUUCUAGUAAAUACUCACAAUCACUAGAGUGAAGUGUUUUUUAUAAGACAUAACAGACCCAAAUUAUAUUCAAAGUUUAGAUAUGGGACCUGCAUAUUGCUUUCUGUCAUUAGAUAAUGUUCAAAAAAUAUAUAUCAAUCAUAAGUUGUGCCCCCCCCCCCCUCCCCCCAAACAAAAAAAAAAGAGUAUGAUUUACAAUUUUGAAGUUACAACAAGUCCCAUCUACAUUGUAUUCACAGGAACUGGUAGUUAAAAGUUGUAGCCUGCAAAAAUCCCUGCUUGAUACUUGUUCUGGAGGAGUUAACAUGAAAAAUUAUUCAAAUUGUCAUUUUCAAUGGGACCAAUAUGUAAAUUGUGUUAUUUCUCUUUAAUAUAUGUAUCAAUAUGUAUCUGGCAUGUUUCAUUAUUGUUUAAAUAUAAAUUGUACCUAACAGAUGUAAUUAAGGUUAAAAUUCCUGUGAUGUUUAUAGGUUUGUUUUAGUCGAGCGGUAAGUGUGAGUUUACUUUACAAAACUAUGAAUUGCCUGGAAAACUGUGUAUAAGGAUAACAGGUCUAGGAUACAAGUGUCUACAGACAUUUGUCAAGUUAUUUGCCACUUUGAUUUAAAUACAACCAAGUGGAAAUUGAAAUCCUAACAUCAUUUUGUAUUUAAUCCUGUUUAUGAAAAUCUUCUAUUUCUAUUGUUAACUAUUUGUCAUGCGUAGUUAACUAUAAUAGAUGGUUUGGUAUUUCAUGUGAAUGUUUCAUCUGUGCUGUCAGUAUCUGGAUAGAAUAUGCCUUAAUUAUUCACAUUCAUGAGUGCUUUUGUGUUCCAGUCAAUUGUGCAUUUAGAUUUAUGAUCUGUGUUGUUUCAAACUACAAAUUGAAUAUGGUUAUACAAUUUCUAGUUUAAAUUAUUUAUAUUUUGAAGUUUGUGAUCGAUGGCAUUUGUAUUGUUUAACUUGAAAAUGUAUUUAAAUGCCCUGUAAAAUUCUAUAUAUAUGCAAAUGAGUGUGUUCAGUUAUUUUCCAUCGUAAUUGUACCUGUAAAUAUUUAAUGAAGGAAUAUUAGUUGGAACUGCCUUUUCCACUUUGUGUUUUGCUGACCUGGACAAUUCAAUGUGCGUCAUCUAUUGCGCAGUAUUUGUUGACAUUAGCUACGGUUGCAAAGUUGCCAAUAUGACUGCAACUCUACAUGCCUUAAAGAGAACGUCAAUCAGAUUUACGAAAAAAAGAAAAGUUCUAAAAUCCCGUAUUUUUUUUACAAUUAUUAGAUUAUAUUGAUAAAAAUAUCACGAAUUGUAUAUUACAUUACUUUAAAAAGUUGUUAAGUUUUCAUAUUUUCAGUAUAUUUGCUAAUAAAAGUUUACUGGGUAUGUGAUCCGGGUAACUACCAGCUAACUAUAAAUAACGCAAGUAGAUUGAUCAUCAUUGUCACAUGGUAAACCCAGGAAUGCAAAUUGUGCAUGCGAAGUGAAUUGUAUCUAUUUUAUCAAAGACCUAUAGAUAACAUAUAUCUAUAGGUCUUUGAUUUUAUAUAUAAAAUGAUCAAUCUACUUGCGUUAUUUAUAGUGUGUAUAUCCUUAUGUCACCUAUUUUCGCAAUGUUCUUUUGAUUUCACAUCGCAAAAUUUUAUUACCGAAUAUACUAAAAAUAUUAACUAGUUUCAAGUAAUGUAAUAUACCAGUAGUGAUAUUUUAAUCAAUAUAAACUUAUAAUUGUAAAAAAAAUACUGUAUUUUAGAACUUUUCUUUUUUCGACAAUCUGGUUGACCGUCCCUUUAACUCUAGUGUAAGUGCUGUCAGUGAAAGUAACAAAAUAAAAACAUGGAGAAAAAACAUAAAUAAUAGAUUCAUCAACUUUUAAGGAAACAAAAUAAGAAUUUCACGUUUUACCUGUGGAACUUUAUGAUAUUUUAUGGACUGAACAAUAAGAAUAAUCAUGAUUUUGUUAAUCAGGCUGUAAUAUUUGUUUGCUUUUAGCAUGACUUUUAAAGUAAAUGUAAGCUUUCAAUCUCACCAUGUUGCCAACAUCUGAUUCUUGUGCCCCCUUGUUAUGAGAGGGAGGGAUAUAGAAAAGCCAUUGCUCUUCCGUCUGUCCCACUUUUUUGUGUCAUGCGUAACUCAAACAUUUGUGCUAGAGAGAUAUAUCUUUGCAAAUGUACUAACUACAAUAUAAACUGGGCAUCUCCAUAUUAGCGUUCUAAUGUUUGAAACAUAACCUGAGUUGUGGGACCUUGCUCAGAGAAUUUGUUUUUAUGCCCCCCGGAUGAAUGAUCUGGGGUAUAUUGUUUUUUGCUUGUCUGUCUGUCAUUCUGUCCCAAAACUUUAACCUUGGUCAUAAAUUUUGCAAUAUUGAAGAUAGCAACAUGAUAUUUGGCAUGCAUGUGUAUCUCAUGGAGCUGCAUAUUUCAGUCUUGAAAGGUCAAGGUCAUCCUUUAAGAUCAAAGGUCAAAUAUAUGGCUUCAAAGCGCAGUAGGGGACAUUGUGUUUCACAAACAAAGCUCUUGUUUAACUAGUGAAGUGCAGAGUUAAAAAAAUAUUGCUGUCAGAGGGCUGAAACUUUAUAUGCAUAUUAAUCACCAUAAUUAUGAACUUGUGCAUCUUCAUAUUUUCAUGAGCAGCUUUUGACACAACUGAUGAAAAAUUACAUUUGUUCACUUGUGUAACGUACAGCUUAAAAAUUAUUGCUGCUGGAGGGACGAUAUUGUCAGAACAUUCAUACCAACUUGUGAAUUUGCGCCCCUCCAUAUUUUGUUUCAGAUGUUUUAUACAAAACCUGAGACUUGUAGGCCCUUUUUAACCCUUUCCCACUCAGAAUCAGAGUGAAAAUUGCUAUGUGCAAACAGCAUACAACCAGAACAGCCUGUGAGUAUAAACUGGCAGUCAGUUCAGGCUCUCUGCUGUUAGCUGCUCAUCAGUAUCUAAAGGUUGCAAAUAAAACCUUUACAACUUGAAUCUAGUAAGAAAGGUCUUUAUUUACAUUUAACAACGUAUGCAUCAAAAUACGUAUCUCAGUGGUAAAGGGUUAAGGAAAACAAAUACCUACAUAUUUCUUUUUUUCUUUCUACAGAAUGUGAGUUUUAAGAUCAAAGCAGAAUGAAAGGGAAUCAGUGUCAUACGCACACAUUUCUAGUUUUUCAAGUCUUUUACUUCAAAAUCACACAAGUUAUAAUCAUGAAAUUUAGAAUAUUACUUCGUCAUCAAUUGGUGCAUUAAUUUGAUUGAAACUAACUGGUAGAUAUAUUACGAAAUGUAUUUAGGUUUCUUAGAAGGGGCUUUAUAAUCAAGCAACCGGGUUUGAAGUGUGCAUAUAGUGUUUGUUAUGUAGUUCAACGGAGGCAAGUCCUGGGUAAACCAAGUUUCAUUCUUGUGCAUACAGUGUCAUCCAAGAUGACUGUGUGCAGUCUGCUGGCUGAGUUAUCUGGGUAUAAUACAUGUUAAUUUAACCCAUUUAUGCCUAGCGUCUAGAAAAAAGGCCUUGGCAAACAGCGUAGACCCAGAUGAGACACCACAUGAUGCGGCGUCUCAUCAGGGUCUGCGCUGUUUGCUUAAAGGAAUUUCUGUAAGAAAUAUUCUUUAUAUAGAAAUAAAUAGACUAGACAUCCCUAAUUUUGGAAAAAAAUGAUACAAUGGAGAAGGAUGGGAGAGUCCACUAGGCAUAAAUGGGUUAAUUGUGUUCAAACUGCUUCAAAUAAGUCUCUUUACACCUGAAUUGAAUGAGACCAUACCGAAUGGGGAAGACAUUAUGCUUGCAAAGCUAACCGGAUUUCCCUAGACAUGCCUAAUAUACAGGUGUCUAUAUGAGCUGCGUUCUGAGAAAACUGGGCAUAAUGCUUGUGUGUAAAGUGUCGUUCCAGAUUAGCCUGUGCAGUCUGCACAGGCUAAUAAGGGACAACACUUUCUGCUUUUAUGACAUUUUUCGUUUAAAUGAAGUCUCUUCUUAGCAAAAAUCCAGUUUAGGCGGAAAGUGUCAUACCUAAAUAGCCUGUGCGGGCUGCACAGGCUAAUCUGGUACGAAACUGUACGCACAUGCAUUAUGCCCAGUUUUCUCAGAACACAGCACAUAUGGUUGCCUGGUGUUCAAUAAAUGUACAGUUGUAAUUAAUUCAGAUUAUGCACUUGAGAUUUGAAAUGAGAAUAGUUACCGUUUAUUUAUUAAGUUUCAUUCAUUAGAAAUCGAUGUUGUCAGUUUCUUUUUCAAUUUGCAUAUUGAAGUAUAUUAAAAGUUGUCCAAAAAGGA